AUGACGAGUUGGGGAAUCCGGAUGGGGUCAUUCAGCUGGCUAUCGUUGGACUUGGUUCGAGAUUGGCUUGUGGAGAAUGCAGAGGACGCAAUUUUGGGUGGCGGGGAGCCGGGCAUAAGUGGGAUUGCUUGUUACCAGCCUUUUGAUGGCUUCAUGGAGUUGAAAGUGGCUGUCGCAGGAUUCAUGUCUCAAGUCAUGAAAAAUUCAGUUUCCUUUAACCCCUCACAAAUAGUAUUGACAGCUGGUGCGACCGCUGCCAUUGAGAUACUAAGCUUCUGCCUAGCAGACAGUGGAAAUGCAUUUCUUGUUCCUGCACCAUAUUACCCUGGUUUGGACAAAGAUAUAAAGUGGCGAACUGGAGUCGAAAUAAUAACUGUUCCAUGCCGUAGUGCUGACAAAUUCAAUUUGAGUGUAACUGCUCUUGACCGUGCAUUCAACCAGGCAAAGAAACGCGGUUUAAAAGUUCGAGGGAUUAUAAUUUCAAAUCCUUCAAAUCCUGUUGGCACUUUGUUUAGUCGUGAAUCACUUUACAACCUCCUAGACUUUGCCCGAGAGAAGAACAUACAUAUAAUCUCGAAUGAGCUGUUUGCUGGAUCCACACAUGGAAGUGAAGAGUUUGUAAGCAUGGCAGAUAUCGUUGAAUUGGAGGACCUCGACCAGAACAGAGUACAUAUAGUAUAUGGUCUAUCUAAAGACCUCUCUCUUCCAGGUUUUAGGGCGGGUGUUAUCUACUCCUUUAACAAGAAUGUGCUGGCUGCUGCUAAAAGGUUAACAAGGUUCUCGUCCAUUUCCACUCCAUCCCAACAGUUGCUCAGCUCUAUGCUUUCAGACACCAAAUUUGUCCAAAAGUUUAUUGAUGCCAAUAGAGAGAGACUUCGAGGAAUGCACCUUAAAUUUCUGACAGGGUUGAAGCAAUUGGGCAUUGAGUGUACAAAGAGCAAUGGAGGUUUCAGCUGUUGGGCUGACAUGAGUGGGUUAAUCCGCUCUUACAAUGAGAAAGGGGAGCUUGAGCUCUGGGAUAGGUUGUUGAAUGUAGCUAAGGUAAAUGUAACUCCCGGAUCUUCAUGUCAUUGUAUUGAACCCGGAUGGUUCCGGUUUUGUCUUUCGACAUUGACGGAAAAAGAUAUUCCUGUUGUUAUGGAUCGAAUUCGGAAAAUUUCCGAAAACUGUAAAUUACAAAGUUGA